CGGUAUCUUUUCGAAUCGAAUUCUUUGCUACGCUUGAGAAACGAACACAGUACGCUACGUAAGUACUUGUGAGUACUUACGAACGUAUCGAAUUUUUGUUCGCGUUGUGUCUUUGUUCCAUUUUUUUUCUGCGCUUUUCUUUUCUUUUCUUCACUUUUCUUCUUUUGGUGUCUCUAUUUUUAAAGACGGAGAUAGAGAAAUAGUCUUUAUAUAUAGAUGAAGAGAUAGAGAUAGUCAUAGAAUUAUCUCUCUUUCUUUACUUUCCUCCUUUUUUCCACCUUUCUUCGUGAUCGUUUUAUACGAGAUCAACGCGGCCUGAUCGACACGACGAGGGAGGAAAUUAAAGAAAAAAAAAAGUCACACGUACAUAUAUACACACAUACAUAUAUGUAUAUGUAGAGAGAGACACAGGCACACAUACACAUACGUAACGUUGUACGUAAAGUAACGUAUGCACGGACUUCGUGUAUCAACGUAAACGAAGGAAUACGUACGAAACGAACGAUUGAGAAAAGAAAUAAAAAAAGAAAAAAGAAGAAGAUAAAGAAAAAUGAAGCUGGACGUGUCCGACGUAUUAUACGACAGCUCGAGCGUUUCCAGCGACAGCGGUACGUCACAGAGUUCCCGCGUCAGCCAUGAUUUUCUCUCCAGCAUCGCUAACUCAGCUACGCUGCCGGGCAACUUGGUAUCUCUCGACGGCUUGCACAGUGGUGUACCAACAAGAACUACGCCAACAUUGACACCGACAACGCUGAGAAGUAUAGAACAGACCUUCCUCGAGCUUACCAGCGAAACAGGGUCUCAUAGUCGAGAGGCUGGUUUCGUACCACCUUUGGUCGAACCUUCACAACCAACUCCGGCUCAAACACAAAAUCUGGCGACACAUCACAACAAUCCUGCAAGUACUCUGAUCGAUAGUCAACAGACGUUAUCACAGCAGCCAGAACAACAGCAACAGCAACCACAGCAACAGCAACACCAGCAGCAGCAGCAGCAACAACAACAGCAGCAACAGCAACAACAACAGCAACAACAACAACAGCAGGCAACGAAACGCAAUAUGGGUGGUAGGAGACCAACUAGGACAAUUGGUAUGACACCCGAAGAAGAAAGGAGACGACAGAUAAGACGAGAGAGAAAUAAAAUGGCAGCUGCUAGGUGUCGCAAGCGAAGAAUGGAUCAUACCAAUGCCCUGCUAGAAGAAACAGAGGGCUUGGAACAGAAGAAGCAAAGCUUGCAGGAUGAAAUUCAUCAGUUGCAGCAGGCCAAAGACGAGCUCGAGUUUAUUCUCGAAGCUCACAGAGCUGUCUGUCGACUUCGUUCCUCAUCGCCGCCUGACGUGAAGCCUGUGAUAAAGCCGGAAAUACCCCUCGAGGAUCAAUUCGCCGAGCCUACGAAGCGCGACAAUAACACCUUGACCUCCGCAAGACCUAGCAGACCAAAUUCAUUGCCAGUUGGAUUUGACAAUAACAACAGACCAAACUCAUUGUCGAUCUUUAGCGAGCCUAAGGAAAGACCGGAUACAUUGACCUUCAAGACGGUCGAGACACCGUCAUUCAUGAAACCGUCGUUAGACGUAGCCGGUAUGCCGAUAACAACACCAACCAGUGGUAUACCAUUCAAUUUUGAUUCCCUGAUGGAAGGUGGUACAGGCUUGACGCCAGUUUCGACACCAUUAAUACCAUCCUGCUCGACGCAACAAAGGAACAAUCUCUCCGCCGUAGAUCUCAGCUCUCCAGACGCCAAUCCACCGAAACUCGUAAGCUUGUGACGCCAAGAUGACGUCAUUGAAUAUGGAUCGAACGAGGACGAUCCUGAAUGAAAUAAUUAUGGCGCGCCUGAUAUAUAUAUAUAUAUAUAUCGCUUGCCAUUCAUUAUUUAGGAUGACAAUGACGAUGACGACGGAUGACGAUGAUGACGAAGAGAAACUCUUUGUGUGUACGUGUGAUUUAUUCGCCUCAAGAUCUAGAGGAGAAAUAGAAAGACGAUCGUAAACAUCAAUGGAAUGAGUGAAAUUAAGAGAGAAAGAAAGAAAAGUGGGGGGAGAGAGAGAGAAAGAGAGAGGGGCGUUGCCCUUUUUAUCUCAGACGUUUUUCUACGUCGCAGACAUCACGAGUUGCCAUAAAUAAAAAAUAUUACAUACUACGUUGUAUUUUUCUCUUCGACCGUCCCCACGCCAAGGCUCCUCUGACUGGGAUCGGUUUGUUUACUUUUUUUCUCUCUCUCUCUCUUUCUAUAAAGUAAAAACAGAAGAAAACAAUCCUUCUAGCGUUGCGCUGUGUUGCUAUUUAUCUUUCUCUCUCGUACGUUUGUGCAAUACACACACACACACACACACACACAUACCUACAUACACAUAUACAACACAUACACACACAUUACCACCAUCAAUAUAUAAAAACACGCCUUUUGUUUCCUUCUUCUUGUUGUCCGUCGAGCAGCAGCGGAAGAAGAUCGUUCGUUCUUUUAUUUUUAUUUUUUUUCUUGUGCAAAGGAAGAAAAGAGAUCUACGGAGUUGCUUGCGCCUGUAAAUUGAUAGAUAAAAUGAGAAAUAAAUUGUUUUUUUUUCCUUUUGGGUAAAUCGUUAAUAAUAAAAGGGAGUAUUUUUGUACGUAGGGAUACGUAUUAAAUAAGUUGUCGAGGGGGGGUGAGGGGGCGGGAGGAUUGUGUAAACAAAUCAUUUUCUAUUGUUAAUUAAAACUGUGCAUUGAUUGAUUGAUUGAUCGAACAGCGUAUUUUGAAUAUAAAUAUAUAGGUGUAAAGCUUUGUGAUCUUGAUCUUUAUGACACGUUGAUUCCGCUUUAACUUGAUUCAAAGUGGUACAACGAUUUUGACUUCAUCAUCAUUAUUAUUAUUAUUAUUAUUAUUAUUAUUAUUAUAUUAUUACUAUUAUUAUUAUUAUUAUUAUUAUUAACGAUCAUAUUGUAAUUGAAUUACUCGAUCGAUUUGAAGAUAUAUUUUCUACCUUUCCCAAAGCGAAUAAAAGGAUAGGCAAACGUG